AUGGAGGUUGAGAUUUUUGAUUGUUGGGGCAUAAACUUUAUGAGACCAUUUCCGAAGUCUCAUGGGAACGAAUAUAUCAUAGUCGCGGUUGAUUAUGUUUCGAAGUGGGUUGAAGCCAAGGCCACAAGGAAGAAUGAUUCUAAGGUAGUCACCAAGUUCUUGAAAGAGCAUAUUUUCUCUCGAUUCAGGACUCCUAGGAUUAUUAUUAGUGAUGGUGGUACACAUUUUAUCAACCGGACUUUUGAUGCUUUAUUGAGGAAAUAUGGGGUAAAGCAUAAGGUUGCCACACCUUACCACCCUCAAACCUCCGGUCAAGUGGAGGUGUCAAAUAGGGAGAUUAAGAGAAUUUUGGAAAAGACGGUCAACUCUUCUAGGAAGGAUUGGGCUAUUAAACUUGAUGAUGCUUUGUGGGCUUAUCGGACCGCAUAUAAGACUCCUAUUGCAAGUGGUGAGAAGCGGAAACUUGAUCUUUGUGAGUUGGAGGAGAUCCGAGAAGAAGCAUAUGAGAAUGCCAAAUUGUUUAAGGAGAAGACCAAGGUGAUACAUGAUCGGAAAUUGGUGAAGAAGACAUUUCUUCCCAAGCAAAAGGUUCUCCUAUACAAUUCUAGGCUCAAGUUAUUUUCCGGAAAGUUGAGAUCUAGAUGGAGUGGACCUUUUGAGGUAGUUGAAGUUUUCCCUCAUGGUGCAAUCACAAUCAAGAAUCUUCAUGGAGGGGGAGCCUUUCAAGAUAAAUGGGCAUCGAUUGAAACCUUACUUGCACACCACAUUUGA